AUGAUUCUCCUUAAAUCAAUGCCAUUGCGAGGCCCCUUAAUUUCAGAAACCCACUUCACAACGUGGACCACUCUAAAAUUACGUGGCUAUCGAAUAUAUACAACAGAAGAUCCAAGCAAUCGUGCUCAUGGAGGAACUGCAGUAAUAAUAAAAGAAACAAUUAAACAUUAUGAACUUGAUAAACAUCCUCAAGAACAUUUACAGGCAACUAGUGUCCAUGUUAAUGACGGCAACAACGAUCUAACUAUCUCUGCUAUUUAUUGUCCACCAAGACAUAAAGUAGAUGACAAAAAGUUUAUUGAAUUCUUCCAGACACUCGGUAGCAGAUUCAUUGCUGGAGGAGAUAAUAAUGCCAAACACACCUUUUGGGGAUCGAGAUUGAUUAACACCAAAGGGCGUGAAUGGUUCAAAUCAGCAAAUUCAUUUCAACUAGAAAACCAACAUAUUGGCCGACUGACCCAAAUAAAUUACCUGACCUUAUUGACUUCUACGUAA